UUGUUCGUGAGGUAACCUCAAAAAAAUAUUAUCAGUGCCGGUAUAUUUCUCAAUUAAUUGUAAAGAGAAAGGGAACGUACGAAGUUAUCUAAUUCGUUAGUAUCGUAAACGUUGUUUGAAAAUAAAACUAUAAGAUAAGAUAGAGACAUAUAUGCCAAAGUAUCGUAAGCGAUUUGGUACAUAGAGAAUUGAUCUUGAGAAAAAAAUUACGUAUAAUAUAUGUACGAUUACAACUGGUAUAAUCAAGAAUAGAGUUAAGCAUGGACGAAUGUAAUGAAUUUUACAAAAAAAUUCAAACAUAUCUUAUGAAGAAAAAUCAAGAAUGUGGAGAAUUACAGUUUCUCACUUCACGCACAACUUCUGCGAGCAUUGGUCAUAUUGAUGAUAUAUGUAAUACUAUUAUUAAUAUAUUCGAGAUGAGUAAUAUAUCCAUAAAAGAGAAAGCUUCGAUUAAUAAUGAAAGGUGUAUUCAGGCAUAUACAUAUUUAUUAUUGAACACUAAGUUCAAGAAUCAGGAACGUUUAGAAGAAGAUAUUGUCAGUGGUCAUUUAGUUGAUAUGUUCCCACCUUUAUCUUCGUAUUUACUUGUACAAAUAUUGUGGAGCCUUCAAUAUGAGAAGAUCUUGAUUCAGUCUAUAUUACACAUGCCGUUUGAUCUGUGUACAGAGAUACUUGAAAUACUUAAACAGUGUAUAGAAGAAUUACCUUUACGAAGGUCCAUAGAUAGUAUAUAUCAAACAAUAUUUAAUGUAUAUAUUAAAUUCAUUCUAUUAAAAGAAACUGGAAUGCAGUCAACAGAUCUUGAGAAAAGUAUACAAAAUUUAUUAAUAAGUUUCGAGGAAUUCUUGCUGCUGUUAACAAAUCCAGCAUUCACUUUAACAACAUCAACAAAUUUAAAAGAAUGUGACCGGUAUGGUAUUAUGAUUAAAAAAUUAAUUGCUACAAUAAGAAGUUGUUUCGAGUACAAAAGCAAAGGAAUUUGUGUUUCAAAAGACACUGAAAAAUUAUACAAUAUUACAUUUGGAAGAGAACCAUUCAUAAAGUGUGAAGAUACACUUAUUGAAAGUACUAUGAUGACAUUAAAUCAACAGUUAAUGGAUUUAUUGUCCAAUAAAGUCAAGGAAAUCAACUGUGAGGUAUACAUGGGUUGGGUAGAGCUAGAUGACGAAGAAAACAACAUGAUUUCUUUGCAACGUGCCAUUGGAAACGAAUGUUAUUAUUUUAUAGAAUUAAUGCAGAAGAGCAAGGAAUUAUCACAGAAUACACAUUUAAUAGAGUGCUUACAACACUUGUCGUCAAAACCAGAUCCUAAUCAAUCUAGUUUUGUUCUGAGUUUGCAGGAACUCUGUUGUGCAAUAUCUGAUGGCAAGAAAGAAUUUAUGAAAGAAUUGUUGUGUCGAUACCAAGAAUGGGAUAAUACAAUACUUGAUUUUGUUUAUACAAACAAAUCUUUGCUAGAUAAAAAGGACUGCUUUCAUCUUUUAGAAUAUCUUACUUUCGUUCUGAAGGAAUCAAAUGAAGAAGGUUUAAAAGAGAUUUGUUACAGUUCUGUUACAAGAAUAUUAUCGCUUCAAGAUAUACCAGAUCUUUACGAGAUUAUAAUGAUGUAUUUAACGAAACACGACGGUGAAAAUUCUUUAGAAUCUUUACAUACAGAAGAAACAUUUAAUGAAUUCAUAUCCCGAAACUCAAACUUACAAAAACCAACAAAUUUGAAGAUUGUUUUGUUGUUCCUUUUAAAGAAUCUUAAAUUAAUAUUGGGAAUACUUGUGAAAAUUACUAUUGGCCAUCACCAAUAUAAAAACAUUCUGAUUUCUGCCAAUGAUUUGCUUCUGUUAUCACCGUUUUUUAUAUUAAAAGAAAGUAACGGUGAAAUACUCCUAAUAGAUAUAUUAAGAACUAUUUGCAUAGAAAAUAACGAGUGGAAUGAAAAAAAGUUUAUAGAUUUUACACAAGUUGCACUAAACAGUAGCAUAGUUAACGUAAAUGAUUUAAUAAAUAACGUUUUCGUACCAUAUUUAGAAAACGAUAAUUUCAAUGUACGCGUGAUCAAUUCUGUUUUAAAUAAUAUUCGUAAAUUACAAGUCAGUUGUACCAAAGAUACAAAUGUAAAGAACUUGAUAAUAGCUCUUGCAAAAAAAAUGUGUUUUUUAAGAAAAAGUGCAAACAUUUUAAAAUUUGUAAGCAGCGAAAUAUUUAAUCUAAUUACGAGCAUACUGGAAUAUUUUUUAGAAACCAAAAGUUACAGAAUUUCUGCAUGUACGAAAAAGCAAAUAAUGUAUGAUAUUGAAAGUUUCAUUGAACCAAUAGACAAAUUACACUUUGCUUCUCUUUGGUAUUUAACAGAGAAAGGUGUUAGUAUAAUUGAUAUCGUAACAGAUUAUGAAAGACGGUGUUUCACUGUGUUGAACAGAUUGAAAGAGGAUCCUAAAUCCUCGGAAAGACUACGAAAUUAUUUAUCAGAUUUAAAUUUGUUAAGAGAAGAUUUUUUGCGUCACAUGAUCAUUCGAACAACUGAUGUAGAAUAUCAAAUAUUAGCUUCAGAGUUCACUAUAAUAUAUUGGUUUGCCUUUGGAUGCAAUAAUGAAAUCGAAGCAUUCAAUGACUUCUUACGCAUAACAAUAGAAGCAUGUUGUUUAUCUUUAGAACAUCCAUCUAUUGGUUCAAACGACUUAUUUGCAUAUAUAUUUAAGUCUUUCAUGCGUUUUUGUACAACAUUUGUAUCGCUCGAAGGAAUGAAAGAGGAGAAAAUAGUGUGUCAAUCUCUAAUUAAUAAUUUUAAUCAGCUUAGUGGAAGCAUAAAACAUAGUCCUUAUGCUCAUUUAUUUAUUACCUACCUUAUAAGUUUGAAUAACAAUAUGCAACAUAAGUCUGAACAUCUACAAAAUGUCUUAAAUAUUUUGUAUGCCUUCUGUGAUGAGUGUGUUAAGCUUAAUUAUGAAUGCAGCAGAAAUACUCAAAGGAUACCUCGCUCUCCAAAAAUUUCCAAUUUCUACAAAACUUAUGAAGUAAUUUCUACUUGUAUGAAAGUACCUGCAACAGAGGCUUACGAAUGUAUCAGAAGGAUGAAUGAAUUAUUUGCUUCCAAUUAAAUUGUUAAUAUUUUUUGUAAAGUAUUUACUACAUCUGAAAAGUAUUUACUACAUCUGAAACUUUGUCAUUAUUUCAUUAUGUUCUAUUGAAGUUCAUAUUUGUUUAGGUGGAUCAUUUAAGACAAGAUCGUUACUUUUUUGAUAAGGGAAGGAAAUAUUGUUUUAAUUUAUUGCCUAAUGGAAGCUUGUAAGACAAAUACAAUGUAAUUGAAAAUCAUUUAGGAUUAUUAAAAGGGUAUUGUAGAAACAAACAUUUGGUUUGAAGGGACAGGUACAACUGUUCAGAAAUUUGUGUCUUUACAUUUCAAUUCUAAUUGAAGUGUGACACGAUGGAAUGCCGUUUGUUUCCAUACAUUGUGGUAUCAAUUGACAUACCGCUAAGCCACAGCAUAACAAGUGUAUAGUAAGGUGUCAAUAACUAAAGAAGAUAUGAAAGACUGUAUAAGAGAACCUUGUGUUACAGUAGACAAAAAUAAAACGCGAAAUGCAAUAACAUCGUUAUCAAACCGUGUAUCGCAAUACAAGGUCACCAUUUCGAACACUUAACUUAACACGUGAACGUAGAGAUGUAGAUUCCUGUACCAUUGCGUUUGUCUUUUAAAAUAACAUGUU